AUGAUGCGGUACCCUUCCAAGUACCCUGCAGGGCGGAGUCUUGCUGCCCCCAGCCAGGAGGUUAACUCGACGUCGCUCGACAUCACCUGCGACAAGCCAUUCCCUAGUGACCCCACUGGCGGUACUAUCCCCCUUCGAUCUCCCUUUGGCCUUGCUGCCGGAGCUGUUGGCUCUGGUAAGAUGCAGAACCCAACCCGAUCCGGCGCCGGCUCACCCUCCGAUAUGGGUGGCUCGGGGAGGCUCUUCCCGAAACGAGCCCGCGAAAUCCAGGCCCAGGAAGGUAUCCCUGGCCUGCCCGUGAACCCCUGGGGUGGUCCUCCCACCAGUGGAAAUUCCACGCCGCUCCGCGAGAACAUCCCCGAAUCUCCUACCGAUGGGUUUCCAGACUUUGCCCAGCUCCCUUCGCAGGAGGCGAGCCUUCCCCAGACUCGACGCGCCCGUGCCGGGACCGUCCCAUCUCGCUUCUCCCCGGCGGUGCAGGCAAUGGUCUCUUGGGCGUUGCCGGAUUGGCACCUAGCACUGCCUCUCGCCCCAUCCCGGCAGAACCGCAAUACAAAUCGCCUUCCCCGAAUCUUGAGCCUCCUGGGCUCCCCGUCUGCCUUUUCGCGGGACGGUGGUGCUGAUAGCGACGUCCACAUGCGAACGCUUGAUUACCUGGGUCUAGCGGAGACUCCCCAGCCUCCCCGCGCGCAGCUUGCCACACCCUACCUCAACUCAUUUGCUCGAGCAAACCGUUUCCGAUCGUAUUCUGUGAACAACAAGGACAAGUAUGAUGAUGACGAAGAGGAUGAUUACGAUGGCAACGGCUCGGCCUACGAUCCGCACUAUGCUGUCGCACAGCUUCAGGACCAGCUUGCUGCCACCAAUGCGGCCAUUCAUAGCCACAACAUGGCUGUACAAGCUUUUGUCAGCCAGGCAUCUUUGAGGCCCCGUGCCCGAACCGCUGGUGUUUUAGACACGCCCGGCAGCCGACUUCUGAACACGUAUCUCUCGAGCGGUCAGGGCGUCGUACCUAAUUCUAUCAUUCCUACCGAGAUUAGGCUUCCCGACGAAAAGGACUUCGAAGACCUCCCGCAAGCCGUUGCUGCCAUGACUAUCGGCAGGUCGAACAGCCGCAACGCUGCCCUCCUCGGUGCAGAUGACCCGCCUGGUCUCGAAGGCCCGACGAGCGCUCUUUGGCUUGGAAGCAUUCCCACCUCUACCACAACCUCGACUUUGAACGAAAUUUUCAAGCCAUUUGGCUCUAUCCUCUCCGUCCGAGUGUUGACCCACAAGAAUUGCGGUUUCGUGAACUAUGAUCGCGUGGAAAGCGCAAUUGCCGCUCGGAAUAGCCUGAACGGCAAGGAGAUCUUCCCUGGCCCUGACCCGUUUGGAAAGGGCCAAGAUGGUGCUGCGCAAGGCAGUGGUGGCGCUGGAGCUGGGACCCCCAAGGGCGUGUCGGGCAGUGGUGCUUCGGGUGCCGUCUUGUCGCCGACUCUUCGACCCCUCAAGGAUCUGUUUCAACAAGUUCUUGAAAUUGUUAAGCAGUUUGGCGCGAACGAGGAGGAUAAGUUCCGGGCCUCGAACAAUCUCAAGUCGGCGAUUGACUACAGCACCUAUGCGGACGAGAUCCCCCGGGACAUCCGAAAGAAGAUUGACAACCAGAGCCUGUCCCAAGGCGAGAUCGAGGCUAUUGCCAUCGAGAUGCUUCCCGAGAUUGCCGAAUUAUCAUCCGAUUACCUUGGCAAUACAGUGGUUCAGAAGCUCUUUGAACACUGUAGUGACGAUGUCCGGGAUGCCAUGCUCGGCGAGAUUGCCCCUCACAUGGCCGAGAUUGGUGUCCAUAAGAAUGGCACCUGGGCUGCCCAGAAGAUUAUUGAUGUUUGCAAGACGCCCCACCAGAUGUCGUUGAUUGUCGAGCACCUCAGGCCCUACACAGUUCCGCUAUUCUUGGACCAGUACGGCAACUACGUACUCCAGGGAUGCCUAAAGUUUGGCCAGCCUUUUAACGACUUCAUCUUCGAGACGAUGCUGAGCCGGAUGUGGAGACGGCCCAGGGCCGCUUCGGUGCGAGGGCCAUGCCUUGUGCCUCAUCUUGUACACCUCUGCACGCACAAGGUCGCAUACCUCACCGUCUUGAAGGUGAUCAAUCAGAAGACGGAGACAGAGGCUCGUGAUGUGAUUCUCAAGGCCUUGUUCUUUUCCCCUAACGACCAAGUGCUGGAAGCCAUCUUGAGCGACCACUCGUGUGGAGCGACGCUAAUCUUCAAGGUCUUGACCACGCCAUUCUUCGAUGACAGUAUCCGUACGCAGGUCGUAGAGACAGUGAAGGCUGUCUUGGUUCGCAUCAAGGCUCAACCCAACCAGGGCUAUAAGCGCUUGAUGGACGAGGUAGGCCUCUCAACCCGUGCAUCGGGUGGCGGGAGCUCGAACCGUGAGCACAGCUCUGGCGGAAACUCCAACGAGCACCGCCAACGACCCGUUUCUCGAGGAGCGAGCCAUCAUCAUCACCACGGACAAACCGGCCAUGCGGCAAACAAACAAUUUUACAACAGCCACAACGGUCCUGCGAGCAAUCCGACAGGUUACGACGUGGGGUACAGCAACCAGCGCGCCGAGGGCCCAGAUGCGGGUCUUCAGCCCUUCCCUUCGUUGCCGAACCAGUCGCAAAUGUAUUCCCAGAGCGGAAACGGACAGCUUCCCCGCAACCUAUGA